AUGUCAGCUCCAGCACAAAAUUAUAAAGUCGCAGAUAUCUCUUUAGCUGCUUUCGGUAGAAAGGAAAUUGAAUUAGCUGAACAUGAAAUGCCUGGUUUAAUGGCCAUCAGAAAGGCCUAUGCAUCAGUUCAACCAUUAAAGGGUGCUCGUAUUGCAGGUUGUUUACACAUGACCAUUCAAACUGCUGUCUUGAUUGAAACUUUAGUCGCUUUAGGUGCUGAAGUUACUUGGUCCUCCUGUAACAUUUAUUCCACUCAAGAUCAUGCUGCUGCCGCCAUCGCUGCCUCUGGUGUCCCUGUUUUCGCUUGGAAGGGUGAAACUGAAGAAGAAUAUUUAUGGUGUAUUGAACAACAAUUGUUCGCUUUCAAAGAUGGUAAGAAAUUGAAUUUGAUCUUGGAUGAUGGUGGUGAUUUGACCUCUUUGGUUCAUGACAAACAUCCAGAAAUGUUGAAUGAUUGUUUCGGUUUGUCUGAAGAAACUACUACUGGUGUUCACUAUUUGUACAAGAUGGUUAAGGAAAAUAGAUUAAAGGUUCCAGCUAUUAACGUUAACGAUUCUGUUACUAAAUCUAAAUUCGAUAACUUGUACGGUUGUAGAGAAUCUUUAAUUGAUGGUAUCAAGAGAGCCACUGACGUUAUGUUGGCUGGUAAAGUUGCUGUCGUUGCUGGUUACGGUGAUGUUGGUAAAGGUUGUGCCGCUGCCUUGAGAGGUAUGGGUGCUCGUGUCAUUGUCACUGAAAUUGAUCCAAUUAAUGCCUUACAAGCUGCUAUGGAAGGUUAUCAAGUCGCUACCAUGGAUGAAGCUUCCUCCAUAGGUCAGGUUUUUGUUACCACCACUGGUUGUAGAGAUAUUAUUAAUGGUAACCAUUUCGCUAACAUGCCAGAAGAUGCGAUUGUUUGUAACAUCGGUCAUUUUGAUAUUGAAAUCGAUGUCGCUUGGUUAAAGGCUAACGCAAAGGAAUGUAUUAACAUUAAACCACAAGUUGAUCGUUACUUAUUAGAUAAUGGUAGACAUAUUAUCUUGUUGGCUAACGGUAGAUUAGUUAAUUUGGGUUGUGCCACUGGUCAUUCUUCUUUCGUUAUGUCUUGUUCAUUCUCUAACCAAGUCUUGGCUCAAAUUGCUUUAUUCAGAGCUGGUGAUAAGGCAUUCAGAGAAAAACAUGUUGAAUUCCAAAAGACUGGUCCAUUCACCGUCGGUGUUCAUGUCUUACCAAAGAUUCUAGAUGAAGCUGUCGCUAAAUUCCAUUUGGAAAAAUUAGGUGUUCAUUUAACUACCUUAACUGAAGCUCAAUCUGAAUACUUAAGUGUUGCUCCAGAAGGUCCAUACAAGGCUGAUCACUACAGAUAUUAA